AUGGCCCUUCUGCGCAACAUAUUUUCGUGGAUGGCACCAAACAAUGGUAGAACCACGUCGGGCGACGAUCAGUUUUCGAAACACCGAUCUUCAAGCCAGGAUGCGAGUAAGUACCCCGUUAUCCCCGUCCCCUCGUGCGCAUGCCUUGAUAACUCAUGCGAGAAUGAACGAAUUUGUUUAGGAGAACCUCUGCUUCCCCGUACGCACGGAAGGUGUCAGCGACGCGCUGCAGGCGAUCCCGACCCCGAGGCGCAAGACUGGCUGCAGUACCGAACUGUCCCCUGCACACGUACCAGAAGCAAUGAUUCGGACGAGAGUCAGGCUUCACGUAGCAGGGUAAAUCCUAGAGUAAUAUCAGAUGCAAUAUUGGGCUUAUCAGAUGGCCUUACGGUGCCUUUCGCUUUGAGUGCUGGACUGUCAGCUUUCGGCAAUACGAAAGUUGUAGUCCUGGGCAGCCUGGCAGAGCUCGUUGCUGGGGCCAUCUCGAUGGGGCUGGGCGGUUAUGUGGGUGCGAGAAGCGAAAUAGAAUCAUACGAGACAGCCAAGCGCGAGGUAACCGAUCUUGUCUCUUCAUGCUCUUGCGAGACAACGUCAAUGGUUAGAGAAGUGUUUGCUCCCUAUAGUCUUCCCGAUCAUCCGGUUUCAGAGAUGAGUUCGACAUUGCACAGCUCCCCCAAGCAGCUGAUGGAAUUCCUGCUGGCAUUUUACCAUAAACAACCUGAACCAGAUCGCAACCAAGCUUAUAUCUCUGCAAUCACACUUGCUAUAGGGUACUUCGUUGGAGGAUUUAUACCGCUCAUCCCAUACAUUAUCUGCAAUCAGGUUUUGACAGCGCUCAAGUAUAGCGUAGGAGUUAUGGCUAUUACGCUGUUGGUGUUUGGCUAUAUCAAAACGGGCAUUGUGCGAGGGUGGAAGGGAAGAGACAAUGUCGUAGCCGGUUUAAAGGGUGGAGUUCAGAUGGUUUUGGUCGGAGGAGUGGCUGCGGGGGCAGCAGUUGCUUUGGUUCGACUGAUUGAUAAUACAGAACAUGGUGGAUAG